GGUAAUUUCGGUAAAUGGGCGCCGCUUGACGGGACCCAGACCGAGACUCAGAGCGAGACCCGAUCAGCUGAUUGCUCUCCAGUCAAGGGGCGUUGUGUGUUAUUUUCAUUUUUUUGUGAGAUUAUGCCAAAUACUUCCCCUCAGAGGACCAGUACAUGUGUGUUCGUGUGUUUGUGGGCCACGGCGGUGCUGACUGUAGUGCUGGUGGUGCUGCUAGGAGGAGAAAUAGCCCCUACCCCCUGGACGCACAUCACAGUACAGGGCACUAAGUGUGUGAGUGAACCGGUGCAGGGCUGGUUCUUCCCCGCUGGCAAGCACGGCUGCAUAACUGCCAUUGAUUCCACUAACCACAGGAACAGGAAGUUGAAGGAGAUCGCCAGUCAUCCAGACAACAUCCAUUACUCGUUUCAGGUCCCACCAGUUGAUGCAGGUGGUGGGUUCUCGCGAUGGCAGCGGAGGCUUUACGCAGUCCUGCGCCUCCGCCUCCUCCACAUCGAUGGUUACUUCUCAGGGCACAGCAGUCGGGUGACCCUGAAGACCUCCCUGGGGUACACCACUGCCGGGGAGCUGUAUCGUCCCAGCCUCAUUGCAAGCAGCUACCAGGAACGUAAACUGUCGUGCAAUUCUGUCAAACGUCAUGUCUUCCGCGGCCAGACCUUCGACUGCUCCCCUCAAGUGCUGGCAGUCCUGUUCUCCCUGCAUCAUGACCGCUACCUCCUCAACCUCCUUAUCCCCACCAGAAGGGAGGACACCAAUGAGUUCACCAAUCGCAACCUGGGGCGGGUGACGGAUGUAUAUGUGACGUUCUUCAGCCAGGCGGUGUGGUACAUGCGGGUGCUGAUGGCGCUGCAGGUGCUGUUCUUCCCAGUGGUCGCUGUGCUGCUGUGGAAGUUCAGAAGGAGCGUCGCAGCACUGGAGCGUCCCCCCAACCAUUUGGAAUGCGUUCUGGCCCUCCUCGCCAUGGCCCUGCUUACCAUGAACUGUCCCGUGGAGGUGGCAUCCCUUGUGGUGGAGUGUCCCUGGCUGGUGGUGGUCAAUGAUGUCAGGAAGAACUUUUUCUAUGCCUCCUUCAUGACCUUUUUUCUCUAUCUUACUGACAAACACCUGGAGCCUGGACGAGUGUGCCCCCAUGCCAAGAGGGCCAUUAACCUGAGCAUCCGGUCUGGUACACUGGCCAUCAUCAUCGUGGACAUGACGGAGCACAUUGUGAGCAUACAGAACCCCCUGGCGGCCACGUACGAGCCCAUGCACCUCAGUAUGUCCAUGCUGAUGUAUGCCAUGCUGGCCUGCUACCUCUGCUGCAUCAGUGUGCGGACCUGUGCCGCCCUGGAUGCCAUCAGGAGGAAGGGCGUGGCGCAGGAGGAGGAGACACGGUGCCAGGAGGCCAUGGUGCUGGUGCUGACGUGGGUGGUGUUCUGCCUCAGUGCUGCAGACUUCGUGCUCAAGAGGCUUCAUGACGGGAUGUGGAUGUGGGAAUACAGCCUGGGAGAAUUGGAGAUAGAAAACACUGGUGGCUUUCUGCUUGGGGUGUUCUGCAUGUGGAACACCUACACCUGCGUGCUGCUGGUGGUGUACAGCCCCCUCAAGAAGGCGCCUGAGCCAAGAGGUCAGUCUGUGGCAAGAGGAUUGGGUCAGGUCAGGCCAGGUCAGUACAGGGGGUUGGAGGGUCGCUUUUUGAUGCCGAUUGAUUCCCCCGCAGUGAGGAUAGACAUGACGCGGGUGGUCGGGGUGCCGCUGCGGGCCAGGCAGUCCCCCUCCUUUGUCGACCUGAGGGUGACCACCUUAUGAAGACUGGGGAGUGUAGAACCAUAGAAGCAUCAUCACUGUGGAAGCACAAAACACCCACAGCACCACCUUGUCUUGCCAACAUUGAGGUGCUUGGGCCGGCAAGCAUUCCAAUCAUCCCUCCACGCCACUGCCACCAGGAUUGACUCAGGCUCUCCCUACACCUGGAGCCCUCGGAGCCCCUUCAUGCUGGGGAGAGGUAAGGCACACACUCCUCCCCGGGUCGUGUAAAGCCUCGUCUCACCUCGUCUCGUCUUGUCGGAAAGAUCUCACUCUGGUCAUCUCAGGAUUUCACGGUGUCUCUUGGGUUCUACUAAGGGGGGGUUUCUUGGUGUCUGGUUCCGAAGUUUUCUGUUUUGUUGCGUUUUUCAGUGGUCGAGUGAUUGAAGGGGUUGUGUGUGCCUGCGUUUGAAUGAGAGGUGAGUUGAAGUUGGUGUCUGAAUGUUCUUGUGUCUUGUCUUGUCUUGCCUUUUCUCGGCUGAUUCUGAAAGGUUGCAGUGGAAGUUAUUUGGGUUUUCAAGGGUGUUUUUGUGGUCCUAGGCUCAGUUUAACAGUUAAUGGACUUUAGUGAAACUUAUCAAGGUUUUCAAGGAUGCCUUUGGUUAUAGGGAUAGCUUAACAUGCAUCAUACUUUUAACAGGCUCAAGUGGAAGUUAUAGGGGUUUUCAAGGAUGUUUUCAUGAUUCUAGGGGUCCAUAUUUAGCAGGCUGUAAUGGAAGUUAGUGGGGUUUUUAAUGGUGUUUUUUUGUAUUUAGCAAGGAAUUGACACCUGUAACAAGCUGUAGAGGAAGUUUUAUGGACUUCCAAGGAGGUUUUCUUAAUUCUAGGAAUAAUGAAACAUAGAUUCUACAUUUUUAGUAGGCUGGAAUACAAGUUAUAGAGAUUUUCAAGGAUAUUUUCUUGAUUCUAGGUAUUGUUAAACAUGGAAUCUACACUUUUAGUAGGCUGAAAUGUAAGUUAUAAGGGUUUUAAGAGUAUUUUUCAUGUUUCUAGGGAUAGUUAAACAUUGAAUCUACACUUUUAGUUAACUAGAAUUAAGUUAUAGGAUUUCCAACGGUGUUUUCUUGAUUCUAGGGAUAAUUAAAGGUGCAGUACGCAUUGUCUGGGAAAAAAACACUCAUGAGAACCUGAAUAAUCAUGUCUGUGGCCUUUGAAAAUAGUCCUGGCAAGCCCAAACAGUUCCAAGAUACAGGUGUGCAUGAAAUCAGCAGACCAGUUCAUUCCUCAGUAUUUCAGAGAGUCAGCAUCUGGAGGAAGGUUUUGCUGGCAGGUUGAAAACAAAGCCCAUUCCCGUAUAUAUAUUUUCGUAACGUUAGAACCUCGUGUCAGCUCAAUGUCAGAGAGAGAGAGAGAGAGAGAGAGAGAGAGAGAGAGAGAGAGAGUGUUCUUUUCCCUAUUCAUGUGUAUGUAUGUAUGCAUUCAAGACCCCUGCCAAAGAAAACUUGAAUAUUUUGAAAGAACCAAGUACUUCAUUUGUAAAGUUUAUAACAGACAGGGAGCAAGCUUGGUGGCGUUUCUGUGUGUGUAGCUGUUAAUUACUAAGACCUCCAUGUGUGUGUGGCAGGUUAGUGGAUCAACAUAACUCUGUAGCAUGUUCCUGGUUCCUGCAAGGGGCCCAUUGUAGCCUUUGUAGUGGUGGGAAGGGAAGAUUUUAACUGGGGGUGGCAUUCAAGACCAAGCUCUGAAUGGGACUUAUGGCUCUUGGGAUGAAGUUGCAAUUUAUUUUUCCCCUUUUUGUGUGUAAUGUAGCCUUUUUUGUGUGUUGCAGCCUUUAUAAUGGGAAGGGAAGGUUUCAACAGGGAGUGGCGUUCAAGACCAAGCUCUGAAUGGGACUCGUGGCUAUUGGGAUGAAGUUACAAUUUAUUUUUCCCCUUUAUGGGUGUAAUGUAGCCUUUUUUGUGUGUGUGUGUGUUGUUGCCUCUAUAGUGGUUGGGAAGGGAAGGGUUUAACAGGUGGCAUUCAAGACCAAACUCUGAAUAGGACUUGUGGCUCUUGGGAUGAAGUUACAAUUUAUUUCUUCCCUUUUUUAUGUGUAAUGUAGCCUUUAUAGUGGCUGGGAAGGGACAGUUUUAAUACAGGGGCUGGUGACUUUUCAAUACCAAGGACUGAAUGGGAUCUCUUAACAUUUAGGAUAAAGUAAUGAUUGAUAUUUGUCUCUUUUUUCUAUUGGGUUUUUCAUCUAAGGGUUUGGUCAAGGUAUGAUAAAAAACAUUGGAUAGAAAAGGCUUACUAAAGGUGCCAGUCUGUAAAGAAGACAACUGCCAGCUCCUGUUUACAUUGUGGGAGGGAAGAAAUGCUUGUUGUUUAAGGAAGGAUACACUGGGGUGCGUUCUUGUGACUUGUGUGAGAGAGAUAGAAAGAGAUGCAGAGAAAAGGUUAGAUUUUUUUUCUUUUUUCUAUUUUUUAUUGCUGUUGUUUUUAUGGAGAGAAUUAUUUGUGUUUUGAGGAAGGAUAGCCUGGGAUUGGUUCUCGUAAUUGUUGUGGGGAGAAAGAAAUGCAGUAAAGAAGUUUGUGUGUUUUUAAAGUAAUCUUAAUGGGAAGGAAGAACCAUUUGUCUUUUUAGGAAGGAUGGACUGGGAUUGGUUCUUGUGAUUGUUGUGGGGGACAGAAACAUAAGAAAAGAAUGACUAAUUGAUUUUUUGUUAUAUAUAUUUCAACAGGGAUGAGUUAACUUCUUGCUGUGAGAGAGGAGAUGUGAUUUAGGGAGGAAUGAUGUUUGAAUAAGAGCAGAAGGAUGAUUGAAGGAAAGAAAAAAAAGAUUGGUGAUUGAAGUCAGUGGAGGAACAUUAUAAGGGAAACCAUUUGAUAUUGGAGAAAGGUACUUGUAAAUAUGAGAGAUGGAAUGUCUGUACAAGAAGGAAGGAAUAUGAAUGAGAGAUGAUUGAAAGGAAGAAAAAGAUCACUGAAGUGAGUAGUUUGUGGCAUGAGAGACGGAAUGUUUGUCUGUGUAAAGAAGGAAUAUGUUGAACUAAUUGAAGGAAUAUGAUUGAAAGGAAGAAAAUAGAUAAUUGAAGUAAGUUAAAGGCAUAUACUGAGAAGUGUGCUAUAUAAGGUGGCUGUUGGUGAGAGAAAAGAGAUGUUUAGUUGUUUAGAAAGGAAAGAAUGUGUUUAAAUAAGAGAAAGAAGAUUAUUUAACUGAGUGAAAGGAGAACCAGGGGAUAUUGAAAUAGCAUGGCUGUUGUAAGAGAAAAGAGAUGUUUAGUUGUUUAGGAAGAAAGGAAUAAAUUUAAAUAAGAGAAGAAGGAUAUUUGAAGGGAAGAAAAAAGAUAAUUGAAGAUAUUUACAGAGAAGUGUGUGAUGAAAAAAGAUAGUUAAAAAGAGAGAUGGGAUGGUUGUCUACAAGAAGGAAGGAAUAUGUUUAAAUAACGGAAGAAAGAAGAGGAUUAAAACGAGCAAAGGGCAUAAUGAAGAGAAACAUUUGAUACUGAAGCAAGAUAGAUUAGGAUCAGCUAAAAUUAAGUUCAUAAUACUAAGUUAAGGUCAGGGAUGCCAAAGGAUACUCAUCACAGGUCACUUGGGUUCACAUCCUACAAGAAACUUCAAAAACCUCACUUGUAUGCCAAAAAAAAACUCGAUGGAAAUACUCAAUGUAAUGAUAAGUGUUUUAGUCCUGUAGGUUAGUGAUAAGGAAGGUGUCGGAUCCUGUAGUAGUGUAUUUUUAAGGCAACUCGUCCAGACAGGCAGCAGGUAGCGUAGUAAAUGUAAGGAAAACAAAACAUUCCAUUAAAUUUCGUACUGCGUUUUUUGUUUCUUCUUUUUCCGGGGAAAUUUUGUAGAGGAAUAAAGCAGUAUUUUGUCUAUAUACUAGGGUCUUGUAUGGCAGGAUUCUGAGUGUAUGGUAGCGUAUGGGUGUUUUGUAUGAGAGCAAGUGUAUGUGGUGUGUGUGUGUGUGUGUGUGUGUGUUAGUUUGGAUAAUUUCUUUGAGCUUGUCGUGUGUUUGGAUUAAUUUUGUGUGUGUGUGUGUGUGUGUGUGUGUGUGUAUGUGUGUGUGUGUGUGUGUGUGUGUACAUGUGUGUGCAGGAAAAGAUGAUGUAUGAGUGUUGGUUAGGGCAGUGUGUUAGUGUGUCUGCUUUUUAAUUAUUCAGAGUGUGAAUGAGGCAGUUUUGAGUGUGUGUGUGUGUGUGUGUGUGUGUGUGUGUGUGUGUGUGUGUGUGUGUGUGUGUGUGUGUGUGUGUGAGAGAGAGAGAGAGAGAGAAGAGUUGUAAUCUCAUAUUCCACAACUCUGUAAAUGAAAAUGAGAUUAGAAAAAACAAUAAACAGGAAAUUUCACAAGAGAGAGAGAGAGAGAGAGAGAGAGAGAGAGAGAGAGAGAGAGAGAGAGAGAGAGAGAGAGAGAGAGAGAGAGAGAGAGACCACAACAUAGCAUAGAGUCCACAAAAUGAACCAUAGCAUAUCACACUCUUGUAUUCCACACCCAGCUUUUUAUCCCCUUCCCUUCCCUUCUCCUUCCCUUCCCUUCCCUUCCCUUCCCUUCCCUUCCCUUCCCUUUCCUUCCCCUUCAUCUUCCCCUUCCCUCUUACCAUUCUCUCUUUUCCUUCCUCUUCUUUCUUCUUUUCCUUCUCUCUCCAUUCUUCCCACUUCUCCUUCCUUCUUCCUCUUCCUUCUUCCUGUUACCUCUUCCCUUUCCCUUCCCUCUCCUCUUUCUUUUCCCUCUUCUCCCUUCCUCUUACUUCUUCCCUCUUCCUUUGUCCUUUUCCUUCUUUCUUUUCUUCUUCCUCUUCUCUCUUCCCCUUCUCUCUUCCCCUUCUCUCUUCCCCUUCCCUCUUCCCCUUCUCUCUUCCCCUUCCCUCUUCCCCUUCCUCUUUCCUCUUCUCCAUACCUCUUCCUUCUCCCCACUUCUCAUUAUUACUUCCCCUUCAUACUUUCCCUUCCUUCUCUAUCCCUCUCUCCUCUUCCCUCUUUCCUCUUCCCCUUUUAUUUUCCCUCUUCCAUCCAACCACUGGCCCUUUCCCUCUUCCUUCCCCUCUUCCCCCUUCCCUCUUACCCUUCCUCAUCACGUCUUAAUGGAAUGUCAUUUGGUGCUGCUGCUGCUGCUGCUGCUGCUGCUACUUAUAACUAAUAUUCAGCGUAUGCUAAGCUCAUUCUAAGCUUACUCAUGUGUUACAGCUUAAGCUUGUUCUGGGAUGAUGUGUGUGUGUGUGUGUGUGUGUGUGUGUGUGUGUGUGUGUGUGUGUGUUUUAGAUAUUUUUGUUUUUUCUGUUUUGUUUAUUCUUUUCUGGUGAUGUAAUUCUUUGUUAUUGUUGUUCAUGUGUUUGUUUUGUUUUGUUUCGUUAUUAGGUUAAGUGUUAUUGUCUUGAUUUUCAUUGGGUUGUGUUAGGUUAGGUUGUGUUGGGUUGGGUUGUGUUGUGUUAGGUUAGGUUGCAUUGAGUUGGGUUGUGUUAGGUUGGGUCAUGUUAGGUUAGGUUGCAUUGGGUUGUGUUAGAUUAGGUUAUGUCAGUUUCCUCUCGGUCAUUUCUCUCAGUCAUUUCAGAGUCUUCAUGGAGAAAUGUAUCAUGGUUUUUUUGAGUGACUGCCUGAAAAGAAGAAAAAUGAGGAUGAAACUAUGCAUUUGUUGUUUUCAUUUUUUUUUGUUUGUUUUGUGUUUUGUUUUUGAGUGUAUGGUGCAAAUGUCAAUACUUACACACACACACACACACACACACACACACACACACACACACACACACACACACACACACACACACACACACACACACACACACACACAUCAUCAGUCUUUUUGCAAAUAUCCAUAGCUUACUUUUUAGGCAUUUUUACUCUUCAUAGUCGACUUAGCAAUCUAGUGAACUUAAGACUACUCACUCCUCCUCACUUGUCACUUUCUUGUAUCUGCACUUCGACGUUUCUUAAGAGAUGUACUUGUAACUUUUAGACUCGUGCGUACUGCCAGUCAGGCCCACAGAAUUUUUAUACACCCCAGGAUAGACAAGAAUAACUGUAUUUCUGAAGGCUGGAAGGAUAAGGGUACUGAAGAAUUGAAUGGCUGGUUAAGUCUCCCCUCACAAAGAUAAGAAAACUGAUCAAGGUCCAUUUAAUUGAUAUAGCUAAGAGUGUUUGGUUUGUCUCCCUGUCCGACUGACGCUAUAUAACGGUGAUUAGUUUAGUUACCCAUCAAAGAAAUAAGAAAACUGAUUAAGUAUAGUUUAGUUUCACAUCAGAAAAAUAAGAAAACUGAUUGAGAUCCUUUUAAUUGAUAUAGCUAAAAGAGUUUGGUCUGACUGACACCAUAUAACCAUCAGAUGAGUGACUGAGGUUUGCUUAAUUGAAAAACAGUAGAAAAGCUAAUCUAACUAAACUUUACUAUCUUAAACUAAACUGAACUAACAUUACCCUAACAAAAAAGAUAGUAAAGCUUAUCUAACUUGAACUUUACUAAUUUAAAUUAAAGUAAACUAACUUUACUCCCACAAAAUAAGUAGGAAAGGUAAUCUAACUUAACUAUUGCUAACUUAAACUAACCAGAAGCAAUAUUACUCACCCAAAAAAAUAAAUAGAAUGGUAAACUUUUAUGUGAUAUAGAAAUUAAACUUAAAACAGUCAUAUAAUUUGAAAUGGACAUGAUAUUUGAGUGAAGUGUUAAUAGAUGAAUGAGAAAAAGCCACAAGAAUUGAAUAAAUAGUGGCAAACUUAUACAUGAUAAAAAAAAAAGACAAAAAAGAUCAUAUAUUUUGAAAUGGACAAAAUAUUUGAGUGAAGCAGUAAUGGACAAACAGGGGAAAGCCACAAGAAUUAAAUAGGGUAGCAAACUUACACAUGACCCAAAGAUUAACAAAAAAAACAAUCAUAUCUUAAAACGGACGAGAUAUUUGAGUGAGGCGUUACUGAGACAGGUGCGGGAGACAAAUAGGUGCCAAUGCUCACAAAAGAAAUACUACCACUGUGUUUGUGUCAGCUUGAAGUACGAGAAAGGUGUUUGUACAUGUAAGUAGCGUAGCAUUUCAGACCGUACAGCUUCCUUUGGGGUGGAGAAGGUUGCUCACAAAAAAAGACAUUUAGACAUAUUUGUUUAGAUUGACGUAGAGAGAGAUAUAUAUAUAUAUAAAAAAAAAAGGUGUUUAUAUAUAGAAUUAAAUGGCUUUUUUGGCUUUUAUUAUUAAGAGGUUUUAAGCUCAUGAGAAAUGUUAGGUGUGUAUUUGGAUCGUAUUCUGAAACAUUUCCGCUCUGCACCUCCCCUAUGUUCAAAAGGCUCUAGUUGAAGUGACAUGGGUGUUUAAGGGUGUUUUUGUGUUUCUAGUCACAGAUUUAUAAGAUUUCUACAUUAUUAACAGGAGAAACACCCUUGAGGACCCGGCUUAUCAUCACUAUAGCGUUUGAAAAGAGUCAUGGUGAAGUUAUAUAAGUUUCCAAAGGUGUUUUUAUGUUUGUAGUGACAGAUUAACAACAUUUCUAUAUUAUUAACAGAAGAAACACCCUUGAGGACCCAGUUUAUUAUCACUAUGGCCUUGGAAAACAGUCGAGGUGAGAGAGCAGAGUGUUUCGGAAUACAAACCUUUCUGUGGAAAAAAAGGUGUUUAUAUGACUUAAUGUAUAAUUAUAUAUAUUAGAUUGUUGCUUGAUCAGGAUUGAUAAUUAGUGAAAGGUAACAAGACAAUAAUGAAGGUAAGGUGUUUGCAUGUAGUGUCUGCAGUGUGCUGGAGUGGUUGUGCCUCACUACCUUAAUUACCAGCAUUAGUCGUUAAGCCUGCAGGUAACAAAUUUUUCCCUCUUUGACCUUUUCUUUUUUCCUCAUGAUCAGCGAUGAUUCAUUAGGCAUACACUUAAUUCAGACUUUAUUUAUUUAUUCUUUUUUUGUGUUUGAUUUCUUUUUCUCUCUAUAUUAAUGUUAUUUGUUUAUUUAUUUAUUUAUUUGUUUGUUUAUUUUAUUUUAUUUUAUUUUAUUUUAUUUUUUUUACAUCCCUGUACUAGACUCCUAUAUUUUUCUUUCCCUUUUCCAAUUUUUUUUUUUUUUUUAGAUAUAUUCUUGUACUUGGCUUUUAAAUAUCUGAGUAUUCAUGAAAAGGAUAUUAAUGCCAUUUUUUUUUUUUUUUUUCUGUUAAUUUUUCUUCACAUAAUCAUCAGCAGUUAUUUUUAGACAUUUCUGAAAUAUUUGUGUAUCCCAAAGAUGACAAAAUUAAUCUCAUAUUCUCCUUUUUCUUUUCUUUUUUUUAUUUUACUUAAUUUAUUCAUUUACUGUUUUGCAUAAUCAACAAUUUAACUUUUUUUUCACUAGUCUUAAAUAUUUGAGUUUCCCCAUAAGAGACAAACUUAACCCCAUUUUCUUUCUCUCUCUCCUUUCUGUCCAUGGCAAAAACACACAAGUCUCCCUGAAUAUUUAUAAUGGCAAUACCAGUGGAAGUAUCAAAGGUCUUAUUUUUAGCUCUUCCUUUUGACCGAGCCAUUAGGUUAGAAAGGAAUAGAAAACAGAUAGGAUAGGAUAGAUAUAAGGUGGAUGAAUGAAAAGUGACAUAGGCUAGAGUAAGGAUAGGUUAGGAUAAGGUAGAGUGGACUAGAUAGAAUGUAAGUUGGAAUAGAAAAGAAAAUAGAUAGGAUAGAUAUAAGAUGUAGGAAUGAAAAGUGACAGAGUAGGUUAAGAAGAGGUUAGGAUAGGUUAGACUUAUUAAGGCAGAGUAGAAAAGAAUAGAAAAUAAAUAGUUUUUGAUAGAUUGAGGGAAUAGGAGUGAAAAAUUACAUAGGACAUAAUAAAAGAUAGGACUUAGUAUAGAAUAGACAAAGCAAAGUAGGGUAGGAAAGAAUAUAAGAUACAUAAGUCAGGAUAGAUAUAGGGAAUAGGAAUGAAAAAUAACAUAGGACAUAAUGCAGACAGGGUAGGAUAAGCUGUAGUAAUGACUGAACAAAGUAAGGUAGGGUAGAAAUCGAUAGAAAAUAAAUAGUUUAUGAUAGGUAUUUGGGAUAGAUGUGAAAGUUGACAUAGGACAUAACAAGGAUAGGAUAGGAUAAAGUACUGCAGACUAAAUAAGAGGUACAGUAGACCAGAUAAAAUGUAAAUUAGGUAGAAGAGAAUAGAAAGUAGAGAUAGAUAGGAGUGAACUUGAGGAAUAGAUGCAGUAGUGUAGAUUUAAACAGGUAAUGUUUAGACAGGUAAAUAGAAGGCUGGGUAAGAUGAUGCACUAAUGCCAAGUGUAUUUACAGACUUUUGAGUAAGAUUGAGUAAGCUUUUCUGGUAUUACAAGUAUUAAUGUGUCGUUCAAUUGCUUUUGAAUUAAUGUAUGUGAGAGAUUACUGGUUUAUUUAGUUUUGGUGAUGUACUGAAGAGAAUACAGCAGAAUAGUAUUACGAAUGAAAACGCUGCAUAAUUUCAUUCAGUUAUUGGGAGUGAGUGUGUUGCAAUGACAGAGAACCAGUAGAAGAUGAGAAUUAGUUUUGCAAGGGGAAAUGUCACAACACACAGGCUGGUAUUGUGUUGCGAAGGACACACACACACACACACACACACACACACACACACACACACACACACACACACACACACACACACACACACACACACACACACACACACACACACACACACACACACACACACACACACACACACA